GGAGGUGUUGGUUACUGAAGCUGGGAGCGGGGUCGUACCCAGAAGGGCGGCCGGGCUAUGCUAGCUGGCCUGCUAGCGUCCGCGUCGCAGCCCCAGAACCGCAGUCUCCUCAGCCCGGUCCCGCGCUGCGGCCGGCGGCGCCCGGGGCGCGCCCCCUCCGAUGGCUGCGGAGAUCCAACCCAAGCCCCUGACCCGCAAGCCGAUCCUGCUGCAGCGGGUCGAGGGGUCGCAGGAGGUGGUGAAUAUGGCGGUGAUCGUGCCCAAAGAGGAGGGCGUCAUCAGCGUGUCGGAGGACAGGACAGUUCGUGUUUGGUUAAAGAGAGACAGUGGACAGUACUGGCCAAGUAUAUACCAUGCAAUGCCUUCUCCAUGUUCAUGCAUGUCUUUUAACCCGGAAACAAGAAGACUGUCCAUAGGUCUAGACAAUGGUACAAUCUCAGAAUUUAUUUUAUCUGAAGAUUAUAACAAGAUGACUCCUGUGAAAAACUAUCAAGCACAUCAGAGCAGAGUGACAAUGAUCCUGUUUGUUCUGGAGUUGGAGUGGGUGCUAAGCACGGGACAGGACAAGCAGUUUGCCUGGCACUGCUCUGAGAGUGGGCAGCGCCUGGGAGUUUACCGCACCAACGCUGUGGCCUCAGGCCUGCAAUUUGAUGUUGAAACUCGGCAUGUGUUUAUCGGUGAUCAUUCGGGCCAAGUAACCAUUCUUAAACUGGAGCAAGAAAACUGCACGCUGGUCACAACGUUCAGAGGACACACAGGAGGGGUGACAGCACUCUGUUGGGACCCAGUCCAGCGGAUACUGUUCUCAGGCAGCUCUGAUCACUCUGUCAUCAUGUGGGACAUCGGUGGGAGAAAAGGAACAGCCAUCGAGCUCCAAGGGCACAAUGACAAAAUCCAAGCUCUCUCCUAUGCGCAGCACACAAGGCAGCUCAUCUCAUGUGGUGGUGAUGGUGGCAUUGUCGUCUGGAACAUGGAUGUUGAGAGGCAAGAGACUCCUGAGUGGUUGGACAGUGAUUCCUGCCAAAAAUGUGAUCAGCCUUUCUUCUGGAACUUCAAGCAAAUGUGGGACAAUAAGAAAAUUGGCCUAAGACAGCACCACUGCCGGAAGUGUGGGAAGGCUGUCUGUGGCAAGUGCAGCUCCAAGCGCUCCUCCAUCCCAUUGAUGGGCUUCGAGUUUGAAGUGAGGGUCUGUGACAGCUGCCACGAGGCCAUUACAGAUGAGGAGCGUGUGCCCACAGCCACCUUCCAUGACAGUAAACAUAACAUUGUACACGUGCAUUUUGAUGCAACCAGGGGAUGGUUGCUGACUUCUGGAACUGAUAAAGUGAUUAAGUUGUGGGAUAUGACCCCAGUGGUGUCAUGAUGACACUCCCAGGAACCAGAAAGAUAGUUUUCACUGAAGAAAUGCUUGAUUGAAUUGCAAAUCAUUACUGGAGAAGUAAAGCAGAUGUGUGAGCAGGAAGAGAAACUGAAGACAGGAUGAACUGGCAUCUUCCCUACACAGUCAGUGGUGAACUAGUGAAAGAACAACGGUCCCAGGGACUCUUCAACUUGUUCAUACAACAGAAAAAGAAGAUAUUUUUUUAUCAAAUGGUUUAUACAGUCUGGCUGUGCUACAUUGUUUUGAGUACACUGAAAAAAAAUCUAUAUGGGAUGUUUAAUUUUCUAUUUUUCAACUUUCCAUUGCACUCAUUACUUCCUAUGUCAGAAAAAUGAGAGAAAUAUCUAUUUGGGGUGUUUUGGUCAUUAUAAAGUGGUUUCCACGUUUUCUUCGCCCCAGCAUGUCUCAGGCAGGGUCUUUUUCUUCUCUCAUGACUUCACCUGCCUAACCUCUGCCUCUUACCAGAGUGAUGUAAUUACACUGUUUGUUCCAGUGUUUCUGCUUUGAUGGCCUCAGUGGAUAGAGUUGGAAACCGUGUGUGUGUGUGUGUGUGUGUGUGUGUGUGUGUGUGUGUGUGUGUUUACCAGCUGACCUCUUGAAUCACCUACAGAACAAUCCGAGUGUAUUGUCUCAUGUAUUCACGUUCUUCCUGAGCAGAAAUGAUCUGUUUCCGCCUCAGUUUUCUCUGCCUUCCCAUGUUAGAGAACCCUGUAAGAAGCUGCUCCACCAGCCUAGGCACGGCAGAGUGACUCGGAGCUUCAGCCAUCAGUGCCUGCAUCUUUAAGAAUUCUGUCAGGGUCUCUUGAACCUGUUAUGUUUUGGUAUUUGGGUUUUGGUUUUUGUUUGUUUUUUGUUUGUUUUUGCAUAGCGCUUCCUUACUCUUAACAAGAAAAACAAAAAUGUCCAUGCUCCAAAAGAAAGUGUCUUCAAGGUGUUUUUUUCUGUGUGGUAUUAUCUCUGAACUUGAAUGUUUAUUACUCUAAGAUUAUAAUCCGGUCUGUCCACCAUCCAUAUUUAGUUCCUUUUUAGAAACCAGAUAUUUAAACAUCUUUAUCUUAAUGUGUACUUUCAUAUUAAGCCAACCUGUGAUCUGAGACACAGAGGUACCGAAACCCUGAGGCUCAUGCUGCAUUCCUGUUGGGAACAUGAAAAAUGACUUUAGAAAGUGAACCUAAAGAAUUCUUACCUCUGAGGAAACCAAAUCAAGCUUGAGAAAAUGAAUUAAGUCAUUUCAGGAUAUCAAAGACCUUUCUAAAACGUCUUAUUUUCACCCAUCAAAAUAGAAUUAAAAUUGGUGGCAAGCAGGUACUGGGAACUGCCCCACUCUAAGCCCUUCAUACAUAUUCUGCCUCAUUCGAUCCUUUCCUGUCAGGAAUGUCAGUGGAGGUCACUAGACACCUCGAGGGUCACCAGGUCAGAUAAAGUCUUAGAGGUAACGCGGGACAGUUGCUUGCCCUACCUUUUCUGUGUCACACCUGUACAGUAUAUUAGUCACUUCUCAUUUAACAGAUUUUUUCAUGGCGGAUGGUAAUUAAAUGAAAUUGCAAUCCCCCAUCCCCAUGAUCAUCUGUUGCUGUUCUUACUGGGAGGUACUACUAACUGUACUUGGAUACCACCCUUAACACUGACCUGACCGACAGUGCUUCCCAGGAUGGGGCUUCCUGAAACUGUUCUUCUGGCUAGCACUGGGAAGCACACCAGCCAGUGUGUGUACUCCAAAUAACCAUGCCCCUGACAGCCCUUACCUGACAGCAGAACUCUGGGGAUGUGCUGAAGCACAUGGGUGCUCACACACGGUUAUCACCACUGUUGCUUAACUGUCCUUUCCAGGGAACGCCUGCCACAUUCAGUCAAAACUGUUAUAACUGCUCUGAGUCAUUUCUGCAUGAUUGCUCUGUUAUGGAGCUUUGAAAAGGGAAUUUGAGCUAAAAUAUUUAAGUGUCUGUCUUGUAGUUUAUUGCUAGACUCUGUAGCCAUUUACCAAAGUUGUAAUAAUGUGUGUUGGAAAUGAGUAACAGGAAUGAGUCUCCCUGAGCUUUCCUCUCCGAACUUCGGAGCAUGACUGUACAUGGGGUUAGGGAAGCAGAGACCCAGGUGCCAGCAAGCCUGGUAGGUAUAUAUAGAUGAAUUCAGACUCCAUUGGGAAACUGAUUACCUGCAUUAGAUCACAUGUAACACUGUGUUGCUGUGUUGGGUGGUCCUGUGCCUCACUCUAGUCACCUCCCAGCCUUGCUUCAGCCCCUUCUGUAGAGCCCUUCAGAGGUUGAAACUUCACUGGUGAUGAGAAUCGUGGUUGAAAACCACACACACCAAGGUACCCACUGCUCUGCCCUUUCCUCUCUCCUUACUUGUGUGGUUGCUGAAUUUGUUGAAAAGAGUUUAUCAGACCAACUGUGUAUGUUAGUAAUACUGUGAAUCCUUGCAUUUGCAUGAAGUGUCUGCUAUUUUUUUUUAACCCAUAAAUACAUGCUGGUGCUCAGUGUCUUCCAAGCAUUGUAUGGAAAGGGAGGCUCCAUCAGGCACGAAAGCUCACACCCCGAAGCUUGGUUUGUCUCUUCUCUAGGUGAAAAUCACAGGUCUUAUGUCAUCCUUAUGGAUUUGCACUUUACUUAUUUUUGUUCUACUACAGAAAAAUAGCUCUGGCAAAUGGUACUCAAUGUAGCUGUGUUGGAAAGUAGAAUACAUAUGUCAUGCAGAAUUAUUUCCUAUUUGGUAUAAGAAAACUAUCUUGUAUUCUUCAUCCCUCCAAAGGAAUGAUAUUACCAGAGAUGCCUGGGUGUGUCUCCACAGUAGUAAAAAAUGGCUUCAGAAAGGAGUGCUUGGAACCUUGUGUCAUUUUAUGAGGCCAGUCAACCAUAAUGUGUUUCUCAUUUGAUUGUUUGAAUUAUUCAUGGAAUCAUAAAAUUACAAAACUGGAAGGGAUCUUGAGAUCUAGAAUGUUCCAGGAAGAAAACACAUUAGUCAUACCAGGCAGUUAGAUAGAGCUGCGUAUAAACAAGAGAAUCUCAAAGCAUAUUCAAGGAGCAGUUGUUUAUGAAUAUCACCUAGUAACCGCACAAGUAGGCAGACAGAGCCGCUCCCUUGCCUUGGGACAGGGAGUCUCUGGAACCAGGUUUGAUCUUAUUUUGAGCAAGUUUGACAUGACUCUUGGCCCUGUCUCUGGUUAUGAGUGGUACAGUUGUGACAGCUCAUCCAUACAUAGACUCCUUCCCAUACUAUGUCCUACUGACCACCCCAGUGAUGGAGUUGGCGUUCAUGUGCAGGGUGUCCUACAGAAGCCUACCCUGUUGGCUCCGGCUGCUCCCCUGAGUCCCGACUGAGACGUGUCCUUGUCAGACAGCACCUUUCAUAGCCUCAGAUGCACAUUUCAAAAGUAGAAUAUAUUUUUACUCAACAUCUUUAAAAAGCUUGAAUUUGGGCUUUUAAGUAAAAGAAUAGCUCUAAACUAUAUCACAGUUAGUAUCCAUAAAUAUUCAUUGAGAUUAAAUGAGCUUCUUUGGUUUUUGUCUUUUCAUGGCAGUUCAAUUAUAUAAAAGUGAGCUUUUUCACUAAGAUUUAUAUUUUAAAGUGAAAGAAAAGCAUUUUGCCAAAAUGCUCUUGUUUUUCUUUCCUACAAAAUUAUGUAAGGUUAAAUUUUUCCUGACAUGAAAGUGGAUACUAGCACCUUGAUAAAAAGAUACUGAAUUGAUUGUUAUCUACAUGAUCCUUAGGCUCUAGUCAAACUGUUCCUUAUUUGUUUCUAUUUUUGUUUUUGAGACCCAGACUCGCUCAUUAUGUAACCCAAGCUGGGGUGAAACUGGUAACCCUCCUGUCUCCGCUCCCUUAGUGCUGAGAUUAUAGGCAUGUACCACCAUGUGGGCUCAGCUUCACACGACUCUUGUUGAGCACCCAUCAUAUGCCAGGCUUUGAACUGGGCCCCAGGUCCCAGGCCCUUCUCUAACCCCACAGUCUACACACAUAAGAAGAUGGAUCAUUUUAGCAUGUGUGAUUAGCAUGAUAGAAGUGUGUUUGCCCCCCCCCCCGCAAAUCUUCCUAGGGUGCCCCUCCCUAACCCAGCUAGUAGGGCAGAAAAGAUUCGACCAGGGAGAGGACUUCCAAACUGAGUGGCCACAGAUGAGGAGGGAAUUAAGUAGGAAAAUAAAGGGAAAUGUAGGCAAAAACAGCACAUAUAAGCUUACAGUCUGGAAUCUGCCUGGGGUACACAGGGACUUCAAGGGGGUAGGCACUGCCAGGAAACAUCAAGUGGCUCAGCUAUGGAUCUGCAGCCUGAGCCCUUGUGGUUAUCAGAUGAUGACGACCGUGUCAUCCCCCUGAAAGGGUAUACUAUGCAGUUCCCUGGGACACUUACUGAGAGGCUCACCCUGUAAUCAGUGCCAGUGUUCCAAUUUUGGAUAUUUCUGGGUGUUCUACAUUUGGUUAGAGGCUGUGAGGUGGACCUAGAGGACAGGAUAGGCACUGCUUUUAGAUGUCUGCUGUCUUCCCUGUCCUCCUUGGCCUUGGGACACUCUGCAAAGUAAUGAAUCAUUCCAGUACAAGGUAGUAAACAUGGUAGGUCCUUGUUGUGGGUCAGUUGCAUUGGGAAAGCUUUCCCAAUGCAGUUAGAUUUUAAAAAGGCUCUGGGCAUCCACUCUUUGAGAGAUGUGGCUCUACAGAGCAUGAGCACCAGUUGCCGGGGCUUACCAGUACUAUUUUUUUGCUAUUAAAUGAUUUGCCCUUUUUUCAAGACACAAGCUGUAACUGGCUUCAGGAAUGUAAACUGUAGCUCAACCAAGGACCACAUAUCAACCAGGGCUUUGGGUUUGCAUUUUUACCUUUUAACAUUGCCUUCCCACCAAGAGGCCUCUAGUCUAACCCAGGCAGCAGUGUCUGCCCAUAGAACUGUCCUGUGCUGGAGUGGGCUCCCCACUCCCGUGCCAGGGAAAAUUUAAGUACAGAGCUUGUUGUCGAAGAUAUUGAAAAGGGGAUUCGAGCUUUGAAUGAGGCAUGAAUUCUAUAGCCCUAAGGUCUCUUCUAAGCUUGUGACUCUAUGAUCCCAUGAAUGCUGUGUUACUGGACUAAUCCUGACCAUCACCAGUCACAGAGCUGACUCCACACAGAUGAGAACACACUGCCAUGCUUUUUGUUGUUGUUUCUGCCAUGUGAAGUGAAUUGUUUUCUGAGUUUCCCUGUCUAGAGCCUAGUAGCUGUGGUUUUAGAGAUGGUAAAGGUGGACAUUAAUCAUUAGUAUCAUCUCAUUCAAAAGCUAUCUUAGUGUUCACCUCUAGGACUUGAGGGUAUCUGACUUUGUUGAAAGAAAGAGUUUGAGAAUUACAGAUUGAUUCCAAGGUUAUGUUUUUAAUCUGACGUCAAUGUUUUGGUUUUCUUUAUCUUGGUUCUCUGGGAUGCAUGAAAGUGUGAAUUAUAACUCAAAAGUAGGGGUAAGAUCACUACAAGUGGUUUGAAAAGAAUUCAUUGCUUCUGUAUACAUUUUAUCAUUUAAAUGAAUGACAGCCUGUUGGCAAUAACAUUGCCAGUGUGAAGUACGGACCAAACACUUGCAUCACUGUUACUAUUGUCUGUCUCUAUUUGUGUCUCAUGCCAUUCCCUUGCUUUUUAAAUGGCUUUGUUGUUCAAGGUACUGUCAUUUCAGAGGGGGAAAAUGGUCUUACAUAACAAGUACAAAAACUUUUAUUAACUGGACAGCAGGGAAGGUGGCCCACACCCAUGCCUGCCCAACUCUAUCAAACCAUGGACACAGGCUCUUCCUUCUGCACAGCAGCCACCUGAGGCCUACAUCUGGAUGUGGCUGCCAUGGGUCUGUUACAUUAUGAGUAUCUUUUUCCAGAGAAAUCUGGAAUGAAGAGAUUUGUCAAGGGCUUAGCUGAACUUGACAUAAGCAUGAAGCUGGAACAGAUCUCUCCAGGGUGGUUCUAGUCAAACCCCUCUGGUGAGUAUCAUGCUGUGUGCUACUCACUGCAGUCCACCAACCAGACCCACCAAUCUAUUGACCUCCUGAAUGUGAUGAGAAGGUUCUAUGAUGUUAACACGUCUAUAUCCCACUCUCCGUCCAAACACUGCUCAACAUUGUGAAUGUUUUACUCUGCCUGUUUCCCACUGUGCUGCCCUCCCAACCUCUGAUGUAUGUGUAGCUAUUUCCAAUGUAAAGCCUCAGUGCUGUUGCCUCCUUGGCUUAAAAUAAAUGUCUGCACACCUGCCUA